AUGGGAGCCUUUUAUGAGGGUGCACAGUCCAGACGCGCGGCUUUAGGGGACAGAGCCUUGGGGGAGUCUCUGGAUUCGCGCCGGGCCUUCAAAACCUUAGUGGAGAAGUGGGAGGACAGGCACACGCUGGACCUCCUCGUGCUGCCGGGGGCGGUGAAAGAAAUCGUGCUGGAUUUGGUAAAAGAAUCUGGCCUUGGAUCAAGCCCGAGGACGUCGCUAACGGAUGAGAAAACAGAAGGCGCCAUGGACAGCGAGAGAAGCGGCGGCGCCGGGGACGGAGCGCCGGAGGUGGAGGACGAGUUUGCGUGCGCGGGGAUGCUGCGGGGAUCCCUGACCGCUCUGCGCGACACGGUGGAGCGCAUUUUCAGGGUGGCCUUCGGCAUCGGGGCGGACGACAUGCCCCACGGCGACUCCGGGCAGAUGUGGCUGAAGCUGAGAGGCCCCGCCGCCAACGUGAAGGCCGCCAAAUUAUUUGUGAAGGGACUUGUUAAUCAAGAGGAGCAGCAGGAAGUUUCCUACCCCGCGGUCCUUCACUGCAUCUUCUGUGGAGCCAGAGGGCUGCUCUUGUUACAUCUUUACCUUGCGGUCAUGAAGAGGAGCCAGAUUAAUGUUCUUCUGCUCUGUUUUGCUAUGACUGAACAGGUUGGCUCACCUGGAUUCCUGCUCAUAUCAGGUCUGGCGGAGCCGGUGGUGCGAGCCUACUCCCUUAUUGCAGAUCUAGUGGCGAGGUAUGAGGGCGCCCAGUCCAGACGCGCGGCUUUAGGGGACAGAGCCUUGGGGGAGUCUCUGGAUUCGCGCCGGGCCUUCAAAACCUUAGUGGAGAAGUGGGAGGACAGGCACACGCUGGACCUCCUCGUGCUGCCGGGGACGGUGAAAGAAAUCGUGCUGGAUUUGGUAAAAGAAUCUGGCCUUGGAUCGAGCCCGAGGACGUCGCUAACGGAUGAGAAAACAGGCACGAGAGGGAGGGCAGAGGGGGCCGAGGAAAGACUCCUGCCCCCUCCACAGGAGGUGGGAAAAGAUGAACAGUUCCAACAACAGAGGACGUUGGACACCGAGGGCCGCAAAGAGGAACAAGAGGAUAGAGAACAGGACCUGCAUUUGUCAAUGGGAAACAAGGAGUUCUGGCUACUUUUGAAGUUUUUCACAGCUAUGGGGUACACGGAGGACGUCGUGAAACGGGUCCUCGCGAGGACUGGACCUAAGGAAGCAUCGCAGAUUCUGGACUUGGUCCAGCAGGAGCAGGAUCACAGCGACCGGGAGCAGGCGCCUUGCUGCGUUCCGGGCCCGAAAAAUCCAGAAAGCGUUGGUUCGAACCAGGUUAACAAGCCCUGCGAAACAGAGCACACGGAGGACGAAGGUACUGCCGCGGGAGGAGGUAAGGCUACGGGUUGUAAUGGAGAAAUAAUUCGGGAGGGGGGUGAAGAGGGGGCGGCUGGAGGGAGAGACUGCAGCAUGGAGCCGGGUCAGAUAGAAAGAGAGGAGGACUUUGUCUUGGGGGUGGUGAAAAAAGCAGCUGUGAGCUGCGGGUACAGCGAGCAGAACGUAGCCAAAGUUUACAACAUGGUGCCGGAUGGCUCCACUCGCCAGCUGCUCCUGGAGCUUCAGAGAGAGGGGGGCCGGCAGGCGGAUGGCUUCAGGGAGGAGCCCAGAGAGAUUGACGAUGUGGUGUACGACAAAGAAGGGCCCAAAGCUGCACCAGCCGAAGCAAGGGGAGAAUUCGAACGUUCCGGUCCUGAGGAAGAAAGGAAAUCCCAUGAGAAAGGACAGGUCCGGGUGCCGGACCUUUCUGGACUGGCCGCGGAAGCAGAUUUGGCUAUUUGGACCGGCAAACCGCAGCAGCUGCCUUUAUUAAGCCAAUACACUCCUCAGCCAACUCAAUGGCAGCCUUUGAAACCCCAGGAACCUCACAAAGUCGCCCUGUCCGAGGUCAAGGGGCCGCCCAUGCCUAUUUACUCCUCAUCUCUCGAUCCAGUUACUCUGAACUUUCAAUCCAACAAGCAACACGGCCAUACCAGACACUGGGCCGAUCCACCCAUGCCGAAACCAAACCAUCAACCCCACGGCAACUCCUCGACCCCAAAACACCAUUCUUCAAUUUCCAUAAAACAAGCGCUUCAAGCUCAGUCGCCCUUCGUCUUCGGCGAUCGGCCCCCCUCCGGCUUCGUGUCCCCCUCCUCGGUGGUAGUGACCGGGGAGCAGCGAUUCCUGGAGGGACUGCAGACUUCCUUUGAGCUCAAACUGACAGAUGAGCCCGGAGACCCAAAACUGAGGACAAUAAUCAUUGAUGGGAGCAACGUCGCUAUGAGUCACGGGUUGGGUCAUUUCUUCUCCUGCCGGGGAAUCGCUCUCGCCGUCCAGCACUUCUGGGACCGAGAGCCGCGCUACCAGACGGAGCUCCAGAAGCUGGGCCUGCUCUCCUACACCCCCUCCAGGGAGGUCCACGGAAAGAGGAUCAGCUCGUAUGACGACAGAUUUAUGCUGAAGCUGGCACAAGAGACAGGCGGAGUGAUCGUUACCAAUGACAACCUGAGAGACCUGUCCGAUGAGUCCCCUGCAUGGAGGGACAUCAUCAAAAAGAGAGGCCCCGAUCCACGAAACCACUCCUUCGCUGGUCCGGCCACUGCUUCCUCUUCCCAUAAACCUCCGCGCUCCCAGACCGAGAUCUUAAACUUCCGGGACCGGACGCCCGGGGUUGCGCUGGAGGCCUCGGGGGGACGUGGCCGGGGUAAGGGCGGGGCACAGGGAAAGGGCUGGGACCAGGGGCACCGGCACGGGCAGCUGGAGGCAAACAGGACUCCGGAGGAGACGGCCGGCCUCAGGGACGACCUGUCUCAGAUUUUCCCCGGUCAGGACAACACGGUGACGCUGGUGCUGCAGUGCCACCUGGCGGAGAGAGACAUAAACGUGCUGUCCGAUCUCAUCCUGCAGCAACAGGGGGACUAG